AACAGUAUAGUUGUGGAAGAACAGAUUAUCAAGAUACAUAUUUUAUUUUUCCAGAUCAAACUGUGGAAUCUAGCCAAUAGAAAAUGCACGAGGACAAUUCAAGCUCAUUCUGGAAUGAUUCGUGGAAUUUGUGCUACUCAAGACGGAGAUUACUUUUUUUCUGUUGGAGAUGACAAAACAAUUAAACAGUGGAAUAUGCAGUCACCAUCUUGGGGAGAAACUGAAGAACCAAUGAAUACAGUAAUUGGAAAAUCAGUUAUGAUGGGAAUAUCCCACCACCUGAUGGAGCCACUAUUUGUUACAUGUGGAGAAAAAGUAGACUUAUGGGAGGAAACUCGAUCAGAACCGCUGAGGUCUUUCACUUGGGGUGUCGACAGUCUCCAUAGUGUCAAGUUUAAUCCUGUAGAGACAAAUAUCAUAGGAAGCACAGCCAGUGACCGUAGCAUAAUUCUAUAUGAUAUCAGAGAAGCCCAUCCUCUAAGAAAGGUUGUAUUAGAGCUUCGAAGCAAUACCAUAUGCUGGAAUCCAAUGGAAGCCUUUAUCUUCACAGCAGCCAAUGAAGAUCACAAUUUGUAUACAUUUGACAUGCGAAAAUUAAAGGUUCCUCUUCAGAUUCAUCUCGAUCAUGUUUCUGCUGUUAUCGAUGUAGACUACUCCCCAACGGGAAAAGAAGUUGUGGCUGGUAGCUAUGACAAAACAGUACGCAUAUUCCCCAUAGACAAAGGAAGGAGUCGGUGAGUUUACACAAAUGUUCAUGGAAAACUAAGAGUGUUAUCAAAAAGAGAAAAGGCAAAUUUCAACUACCAGAACAAACUCAAAGAAAGGUUUGCUGCUCACCCACAAGUCAAGAGAAUAGCUCGUCAUCGCCAUGUGCCCAAGCAUAUUUACAAUGCCACCCGAGAAAAACGUGUGAUGCAGGAAUCUCGCAAACGAAAGGAAGCUAACAGACGAGCACACAGCAAGCCAGGUACUGUACCGUAUGUUCCAGAGAUAGUUAAGCACAUCGUCAAGGAAGAUGAGUGAAGGACACAGUGCUAAUCUUUGUAAUGGUUUUAUGAAUGUGAAUAAAACUUUGAAAAAUUUUUGACA